AAGAAGCCCGUGCACACGCAGGAAAGCAGUGCAAGAGGUCUCUCGUUUUUCCUUCGAUAGCUCGGUUUUUGGGUUUUUAAGUUUUUUCGUUUCAUACUGCCGGCCUCCCGCAAACGGCGUUAAGCCAUUGUUUCGAGCGAAAAACACUGCCAAACGCAGAGGGCUCGGAAAUCGGGAAAAAUCGUCCAUUAUCCUGUACCCGGCGACUCGGCCGACCACCAUCACCACCACUACCACCACGAGAGAACGGGCAGCAGCUUUCCAAAGUGGCGGUGCACGAAAGACCGAAAAACGAGAGACCACACGGGCUUGGUUGAGUUAGAGAGAAAAAAAAAGUGUAUUAUUACCAGAUUACCAGAUAGACUGGUAAUCUAUAACCUACCACAUUGUAAAGGCAAACUUCCCCCCCCGGCUGACGUAGCGCGUGUAUUAGCUCAAUAAGUAACAUUGUAGGCAGGGCCACACAGAGCGAGUGGUGUUGAAAAAGGACGCACCAGUAGUGCCGCAUCCGGAGCUGCUCGCAUGUGCCCUCGUGUGUCCAAGUGCGUUGUGUUGUGCCGUCGUCUUAGUCGUCUGUAGGUGACCCGUUCGCCGGACAGGAAACAAAGGAGUCGCGAAAAACGGAACAACAUAUCGUGCUCCAAACCCGUGUCCCGUCUCCUUCACAACGUGUGCACCACGCAGGAAGUGGUAACGCGGUCCUUCUCCCCGGCGGCGCACCCACCUCCACCAGCACCACUAUCUUCAUCGCAGCUGUGAUAUACUCGCUGUCCGCUCCGCAUCUCUGACUGCUCGGGUGGCUGUUCCCAGGAGUGAGCCGUGUACCAUGUUCUACCCGCUGCAAACCACAUUCGAGGAUGGUGAAAUCGAGCUGGGUCGUACGGAAAUGCUCAACCACGAUCAAUUGACUGACAAUAAGCACUCGUUGGCCUUGUCCCUCUCCCUGGGCAAUACGCUCAUCAAUCUCAACAAAAUCAAGUGUCCACAAUGUCGGAAGCGUUUUGAUACGAUGGAGGAAAUGCAGCAACAUCGGACGAAGCAUCUGACGGAGAACAAAUUCAAGUGUGAAAUUUGUAGCAAAGAAUUUCCCAGCCAUAGUUCCAUGUGGAAGCAUACCAAGGCGCACACUGGCGAAAGACCUUUCGUGUGCCAGAUAUGCAACAAGGGCUUUACUCAGCUAGCCAACCUCCAACGACAUGAUCUCGUUCACAAUGGACUGAAACCCUUCAAGUGUCCGAUUUGCGAAAAAUGUUUUACCCAGCAGGCAAACAUGCUCAAACAUCAACUACUUCAUACUGGACUUAAACCAUACAAAUGUCCCGUGUGCCAGAAGGCAUUUUCGCAACACGCAAACAUGGUCAAACAUCAAAUGCUUCAUACAGGUCUGAAGCCUUACAAGUGUCCAGUGUGCGAAAAGGCGUUCACUCAGCAUGCCAACAUGAUAAAACAUCAAAUGCUGCAUACCGGCCUCAAACCAUACAAAUGUCCGGUCUGCGAAAAAGCCUUCACUCAGCAGGCAAAUAUGGUGAAACAUCAAAUGUUGCAUACUGGUGUGAAGCCGUACAAGUGUGGCACCUGCGGCAAGGCCUUCGCUCAGCAAGCCAAUAUGGUCAAGCAUGAGAUGCUUCAUACCGGUAUUAAACCAUACAAAUGUCCAACCUGUGGCAAAGCGUUUGCCCAGCAGGCGAAUAUGAUGAAACAUCAGAUGCUUCAUACGGGACUUAAGCCGUACAAGUGCAGCACUUGCGACAAAGCAUUCGCCCAGCAGGCCAACAUGGUCAAACACCAGAUGCUUCAUACCGGUUUAAAACCGUACAAAUGUGGCACCUGUGGCAAGGCAUUCGCCCAACAGGCUAACAUGGUCAAACACGAGAUGCUUCACACCGGAGUAAAACCGUACAAAUGUUCGGUUUGCGAUAAAGCCUUUGCCCAGCAGGCAAACAUGGUCAAACAUCAGAUGCUCCACAGCGGAAUCAAACCAUACAAAUGUCCAACCUGUGACAAAGCAUUUGCCCAGCAGGCCAAUAUGGUGAAGCAUCAGAUGCUCCAUACCGGAGAAAAACCAUUCAAAUGCAAAAGCUGUGAUAAGGCUUUCUCGCAACGUGCCAAUUUGAAGAAACACGAAAUGGUACAUCUCGGCAUCCGGCCACAUACCUGCCCCCUGUGCACGAAGUCCUACUCGCAGUAUUCGAACCUGAAAAAGCAUUUGCUCGUCCAUCAGAAGCAGGCGUUGAAGCAGCAGCAUCAAAACGGGCAAGUGAUGGUCAUACUCUACAACUGCCAAACGUGCAAGAUGCAGUUCGAAGAUAUUAUCGAAUUCGAGCGGCACACAAAGCAAUGUGAUAUCAACAACGGCCAGCAGCAGCAUAGCGUGAAGCUGGAGACGAUCAAGAGCGAAGUUGACAUCGAUGGCAGCUCGAGCUCUGGGAUGCAGCAGCACCUGGCGACGUCCAGCAACGGUAGCAAUGGCAGCGCGAUCAACGUUAGCCAACCGCAGCAGCCGCCCCCAACGCCGAUGCACAUUCCAUCGGCCAUCCUUACCUCAGUCAUUUCGUCGUCGAUCGGUGCAAACGUGACUGCACAUAACCUUCCACCGACGGCUCACUCCUCCCACGUGUCUCACGUGACCUCUAAUGGGGGCAUUCUGGGCGGUAUACCGCCAGGGCAUCCUCACGCUCAGCAGCAGCACACGCCGCCAGGUGUGUCACUUUCGCAGCACAUUUCUGCUCACGUCCAACAGCAACAGCAGCAGCAACAACAGCAACAGCAACAACAGGCCCAUCAGCAACAGCAGCAACAAGCAGCUCAUCAGCAGCAGCAGCAGCAACAGCAGCAACAACAGCAGCAACAACAGCUCUCACCGGUCGGUAGUAGCCACCAGCAGCAUUUGGUGCUGCAACAGCAGCACAACCUGCCGAUCCAUCUGCAGCAGCAACUGUCGCAUCAUCUGAUCGCGUCACACCUGCCACACCAUCAGGACCAUGCGGCGGCCGCCAGCGAUCUGCAUCAUCAGGUGAAUUUCCAUCACCCGCACAUCUCGCACCUGCCGAACAUAUCGCACAAGAUCCUGUCGCCGCUGUUCCACAUUCCGCCGUUCAACAAUAACCACAGCACAUAAUGGAACGCGUGCAAGGGAGCAGCAGUAGCGGGGCGACCGAUUCCGGUUAGUUCUGCCACUGGUGUAUCCCUUCUACCCACAGCAACGAUGCUACCAACUGCAACGCCAAUGGCGUCAAUGCUGCCCCCCUGCGUCGUGAAGGCGGAAAGGCAGGAGGAAGAGGAUGGUGAUGCCGCCGGAGGGAGUAAGUAGUAGAUCCGGUGAAGGACUCAUAAGCUGCACCUUUUGCUGGUGAAACAAGGUGGCCAUGGGACGUGUUUAAUGCAAGCUUGAUCUAUCAAUGGAAACACAAUGUUCUCUAAUACUCAGGAGAGGGGGGAAUGCUACUAGGACGCACACGAAGCUGGCCCGAUCAUGCCACAGGUGGUUUUUUUAUUGGGAAUGCACAAGGCGCACUCCAGUGCGACACAAACACCCACACUCCAGUUAAAACAAAAACUCCCCCGGUCAGCUUCAAGUAGGUAAUGUGUGGUCCUGUAUUUUGUUUUAUUGUCCUCGUCAUUAUAAGCACUACGGUUACUAUUAUCCUUGAUAGAGAUUUUACGAUUAGGACAGUUCUCUUUUAAAAUGCCUGCCUCUACUACUGCUGUACGCACGCAUGUACACUCGCCACAUCGCGAGAGGAUCUGGAUUGUUGAGAGGAGAGUAAACCCCGCGGGAAAGAGUAGGGAGGGUGUAAAUCGCAUCAACAGCACGUCGCGCACACAUCCUAGCUAUAGUAUUGUCAAGUCAUCAUGUUAUCGUAAUAAGGUGUAGUAUCCGUUUAACCCUCCCAUCACGGAAGGGUGAAGAAGACGAACUCUGCAGCUGUGUAUAGAUAUGUUAUAUGUAUAUUUUUAACACACAAAGAGAAGUAAACGCUUGUGCUGGGCGCGUUUAAGAGCAUUGGGGCCGCAUUAGAUUUUAAGCAGCAGUUAUAAAGAAGAAGGGUUGAUCCGAGCGAGAGGGGAAUUCGGGAUGCACUUCUUGUGAUAGGCGCCGGAGAUGUUGACGUUAGUAUACCAGAGCGUGUAUAGGAGAGUGGCAAGGCAGAACCCACUUCGAAAGUGUGGUUUUGUUCUGGUUAAGUACAGGGCGGGAGAGAGAUUAGAGACGAGAGUUACAGUAGAACGCAAGUGUGAUAAGAUGAAAGUGUGUACGAAUUUUGCGCAGGAAGAAAAGGUGUAUUAAAAGUUACGGUGGAACCGAUGCGCCCCUUCUGGACAGCAACAGCAGCAAUCCCCGGCGCUCUAGGGUUUUGGUGUGUGCCACGACUAGGUUGAUCUUUUCCGUUUUUUUGUUAGUUUGGUUUUGCUUCUAUGACGCCUUUCGGCGUGACAGCGACUUUGUAUACUCCAUAUCACCAUUUCCAACCCGGGUGAAAUAUUGUUUUUUUGCUUCCUUAUUAUGUACGAAGGAUUCGAGGAAACAGAAAAUCAAAGGAAAGCAUCUAACGGUGUAAAAAGGGAUAGAAGAAAGGGCAACUGUUGUGAUAUAGAUUACCAUAUAUAGAUUGAACACACAAUUUUACCUAUACUCGUAACUUUUCGAUCGUUUCGUAACCAGUGACCACUGGUUUAUUAAAAUGUUCUUUUUUUAAAUAUAUAUACAUAUACAUAUA